GUUGCUAAUGUUGCCAAUAUUUGCAUCAAUUUAACUGAAGUGAUCGAUAAUUCUCCAUCGAUAUUUAAAGAACGAAUUAAUGCUACUAGUCAUAAGUAGGAACUAGAUUCAUUUUCAAAAAUCCACGAUUCUUCGCCCGAUGGUUUUGAGUACAUUGCAAAAUUUCUUUGUGCUAAUCUAUCUUACAGAGAUUAUAUCCCACACACAGGAUGACAAACAACCCAAUAUAAUUUUUAUUUUCGCUGAUGAUCUGGGAUGGAACGACGUAGGUUUUCAUGGUUCGAACGAAAUCCCAACGCCUAACAUUGACGCAUUGGCUUACUCAGGCGUCAUUCUGAAUAAUUAUUAUGUCAACUCUCUAUGCUCACCUUCUAGGAGCGCACUUAUGACUGGAAAAUAUCCGAUCAACACUGGAAUGCAACAUUUGGUCCUAUUGCCGGCUGAACCAAGGGGACUGAAUUUGUCGGAGAAAUUACUUCCACAAUAUUUAAAGGAACUCGGCUAUGUGAAUCAUAUGGUGGGAAAAUGGCACUUGGGGUAUUGGAAAAAGGAAUACACUCCUCUGCAUAGAGGAUUUGAUUCUCAUUUGGGGUAUUACAAUUGGGGUCAUCAUUAUUACAGCCACACGCUUAAUCCGUCGCCAUCAUGGGGUUACGACAUGCGCAGAAAUAUGAGUGUCGCCUUUGACCUCAACGGUCAAUAUUCCACUAGUGCUUUUACUGAUGAGUCGGUGAAAAUUAUCAAUAACCACGACACCAGCAAACCGCUUUUUUUGUAUUUGGCUCAUGCUGCCGUUCAUUCGGCUACCGCGUACGAUCCGCUACCAGCUCCAGAUAACCUGGUUGCAAGUUUUGCCAACUUGACCGAUGAUCGCAUUAGCAAUUAUCGCAGACAGAAGUUCGCUGCGAUGUUAACUCUGUUAGAUGCCUCUGUAGGGGAAGUUCUUCAGGCCUUGGCUAACAAAAAAAUGCUCGAAAACAGCAUUAUAAUAUUUAGUACUGAUAAUGGAGGGGCACCCGAAGGUUUUGAUGCCAACGAAGCUUCUAAUUGGCCUUUGAAAGGUGUGAAAAACUCCUUGUGGGAAGGUGGAGUAAGGGGUGCAGCAGCAAUAUUUAGUCCGCUAAUUAAAGGAAAAUCGAGAGUUUCUUAUCAUAUGAUGCAUUUGACCGACUGGUUACCGACACUCGUCGACGCCGCAGGUGGAAAUUCUAGCCAGUUAUCACAACUGGAUGGUAUAAGCAUGUGGAACACUCUAACCAACAAUGUUGAUUCCGGCCGAUCAGAAAUUCUGCUUAAUAUCAACCAAAUUACGGGCGAAGCAGGUUUGAGGGUUGGGGAUUACAAGAUAAUUACAGGUAGAUCCAACGAUAUUAUUUGGGACGGCUGGUUUGGUCCAUCGGGUAGAAAUGGUACUUACGAUUUAAAUUUGAUAGAGACCAGUGCCGCCUAUCAAGCUUUGAAAUCGGUGAAAAUGGCAGUUGCUUUAGAGGAAAUAACGACAAUACGAGCGAACGCUACGGUCUCUUGCUCAAACUUAAACAAGACCUCUUGUCAGCAAUCUGAUGUUUGUUUGUAUAAUAUUAAAACUGACCCAUGCGAAUUCCUUAAUCUCGCCGACACAUUUAGAGAUGCAGAUAUUUUGGAGUCAAUGGUAACGCGAUUACAAGAGUACAACGCCACUUCUCUGCCUCCUCAAAAUGUCGCCGACGAUCCAAACGCUGACCCGAGAUUACAUCAGCACGUAUGGAGCAUUUGGGGAGACAAUGAAAUUAUUUCAUAAUUUUUAGAAUUUUAAAUGUUAUGUUUAGUAAAUAAAAUAA